UCGGAUGAUCCAGCAAGUGGCUCCACCCGCAAGCGUCGAUACGGGUGGCGCAUCAGACUAGAGAAACCUGCACUUCCAGAAAAACGAGUGACUGGUGACUCAAGCAGUGAGCCUUCAUGUAAUAGCAAUAUCCCUCCAGGACUAGAUCCAUUUCAGUGCUGGCCUGUUCCGUCUACACCGGAGGUCCGUUCGCUUGUUGAUCAUUACGUGAAUGUAAUUCCCAGCCUAGUAUGCUCCUCAGGGCAGAGCAAAAGCCACCAACGGCAUCUCGCCAUAGACCUCCUCCAUAUCUACCGUCUUGAUCCUGCCUCCUUUCAGGGAAUGCUGUAUCAUUCAGCGCGCCAUAGAGAAAGUCUCUUUGGAGAUGACCGAUGCUCGUCCCUGACAUGGAAGAUCAAGGCUCUUCAGGGGGUCAAUCAACAGAUUGAGAUGGCAAAGAAUUUGCACACCCUUCCACAAGACGGAACCAUCAUGGCAAUAUACCUGCUCUCAGCGGCAGAGCACAUGUGGGGCGAUCGGAACACAUUCCGACUCCAUUGGCGAGCAAUGUACGACAUCAUCGACGCCCGUGGAGGCGCCAAGGCAUUUAUGAAGGAUGACCUGAUCUUCUGUAAGAUCCUGUGGAAUUGCUUUGCACUGUUGAAUGCACAGGACGGAUAUUAUUAUUAUUCCACGGAUACGAAAAUUAUGGCGGAAGCAAAUUACGAUUUCAAGAUUCCCACUGAAAGCAUGAUCCAGCACUGUAACUACUUCAUAAAUGUGUUCUCGGAGCGAAAGUCUGCCAUUCUGAGAUCCGUUCCGAUAAGCGAGGCAGAACUGCUCACUCAAUGUGAAGUGUAUCCCCGACGGGUUAGUGCCUUCCAACCCGGGUCAAUGAUGCAUUGCGUUCUGUGCCCUAGGAGCGAUGGGACUGGCGGGGGAGGUUUUGACACGCCUCUUAGCGGAUUGACCCACCAGGGCGGCUUCUCUAACCAAAUCCAGGGAGACAGGCUUAGAACAGACAAUUGCCGACUGGCGUGUCUCAUCUACCUCAACCUGCUUUUCAUGGAGCUUGGUGACUUCUCUACACGCACGGAACAAUUCCUUGAGGCACUUGAGAGGAGACUGGCUACUGCACUCAUGCCAGCACUGACACCCGAGUACUUGCUAUGGAUCCUACUUCGCUGGCAAACCUUACUUCCGACAGGGCAGUCCCGGAGCUUAUGGAUGAAGGCAAUCAAACUCAUUGCAGUCGUCAAACGAGCAAGCUAUCAGAGCCUUGUACCAUACCAUCGAGCGAUGUUUUUGUUUCUUGAGCUUCCCAGAGAAGCACUUAGAUUGGCUGCGGCUUUGAAGAUCGAUCUGGAUACUAUACAAGAUGAGGCUCUG